UCACCGUCAGUGUGACGUCACGGUCUUACGCCGCCUUUCCUACCGCAUCACAUCGUUUUCAGCUGCCCACAGCUCGCGGUUUGCUGUCAUCGCAGGGUGCAGUAUCGUGGUGAAGGGUUUUAAACACACUAAACUGGUCCAGUGCACCGUAGUGGAUCUGCAAGCGUCUUGCCAGAACUGUUUCUAUAUUGAGGUAACGCUUGCGCCCGAAUCACGGGGAUAUGGCCAGGCCAGAGCAGGUCCUGCUUCUAGAGCCUCAACACGAGUUGAAAUUCCGAGGCCCAUUUACAGAUGUGGUUACCUCAUCCCUGAAGCUUGCUAACCCCACAGAUAGAAAUGUGUGCUUUAAAGUGAAGACAACUGCACCACGUCGUUACUGUGUGCGUCCAAACAGUGGAGUGAUUGAAGCUGGAACCUCAGUUAAUGUUUCUGUUAUGCUGCAGCCAUUUGAUUAUGAUCCCAACGAGAAGAGCAAGCACAAGUUUAUGGUACAGUCUUUAAUGGCCCCACCUGAUAUGACUGACAUGGAGGGUUUGUGGAAAGAGGCUAAGCCAGAGGAACUGAUGGACUCUAAACUGCGAUGUGUCUUUGAAAUGCCGACCGAGAAUGAGAAAACGCAUGACAUGGACACCAGUAAGAUGAUUUCAUCUAGUUUUUUAAAAUCGGAUUCAUCCUCGUUGUCCAUGAAGAUGGGGUCUGGAAGUCUGGAUGAUGGAGAGGUAAAGAGGAUAAUGGAGGAGUGCAGAAGACUUCAGGUGGAGGUGCAGCGACUAAGAGAAGAAAACAAACAGAUUAGGCAGGAAGAUGACUGUCUGCGGAUGAGGAAGAACACAGUGAUGGCAGCUCAGCAUUCCACACCUACAUCUGUCACAGUGAAGGAGGAGGGCUUGAGCAUCAGGGUCAUCGCUGUAAUUGUGUUGUUCUUUGUCAUCGGUGUCACUGUAGGGAAGUUGUUCCUGUAAAGUUCAUGGAAAGAUUAGCGACAGCAUGCGUUGUGAAUGAACAAACUUAACUAAACAAAAAGUAUUGGAUGCUGAAUGUCCAGUUGCAAUGCCAUAUCUUAUGGAUAGUGCUGGAUCAUCAAAUUAUAUAAAAUAAAAAUAAGAAAUUUUACCUUAAAUAUUCCACCUUGUGCAAAGAAAAAGUUGGGGAAAUACAUUAAAUAAGCACUGUCCCUGUAUUGACAAAAUGCUGUCAUUCAAACCAUUCACUGAACUAUUUUAGAAACAGUAGUGCUAAAAAAUUCAUACCAAGCUGUUAUCUGAUAUACUGUCAUCCGAACUGCAGAGUUAAAUUAAGGUCAGUUAAAAGUUAUGCCUGUUUGUUUAGACAGAGUGCAGAAAUUGCAAGCUUAUUACACUUACACUAAAAGCUCUUUGAAGAGUUGCAUAUGCAUAUUUUACAUAGACCUUCAAAUGUACAAAUUCUCACGCACACACCUAUGAUCUGUCCAUAAACUCGACUCUUGUAUAUCAAGUUCUUUAUUUAUGUCAGAGAGGAGUAGGGCAUAGGCAUGAUGUCAGAAAAAUGCUUCCAGUGUUGCUAUUGUGUUAUGGGCAGAUCAACUUCCCUCUAAUGUUGGUUUCAAUAUUUCUUUAUCUUUUAUUCUUUUAAAAGUGUGGGAUUGUUGAUGCAUAAACUAGAGCAUAAACCUUUUUUUUAUGUUUGUCAUUAUGCUGUUUUUGCUGCCCCCCAUAAAUGGAAUAUAUAGGUUUUUAUUUGUUUAUAUAUUAUAAUGUUUAUACAUUGUCUUAGCGAUGACAGAGCUGUAGUUUCUGAUUUAUUAAAAGAAGUAUGGUUGACUGGAGCUACCUUUGGGGACGCUCAUCAAAAAUAAACUUGUCCUUCGAAAAGUAUGUGCAAUACUUUGCAAACUAAGAAAACCUAUAGGUUUAUACUGUAGCUUUGACAACCACUACCCUACACAGUAAUACCACCUGUAUUAAGCACUGUUCAUGUAUAGUCAGUUCUAUGAAUAUUCGGAGAUUGAUAAAGUUGUCAUUUUGGCUGUUUACCACAGUAGAAAUUAAAUAAUUAAUAAGCACAACACUUUAAUUUAAGGGUAAUUACGUUCAAAUAGAUUAAACAAACCACCAUAUACUGGUGAGGCUUUGCCAGGCCUUCGCCAAAUCUGUCUGUUCUAAUUUUGGGGUUUUUAUUGUACAUCAUUACACUUCUUUGUCUUAGAAAAAGUCUUGGAUUUCUUCGAAAAGUGUUGUGAUGGGUUAUUAUCUACCUACGCUGUAAAGCAGACUUCUGUUUGUUAUUGAAACAUUCGGCUGAAUCAGAGCAUAGAAUAUAACCAAAUAUUAUUCAGAAAUCGUUCUGCUGCAGUUUUAUUAUCAGUAAAAACUAGGGAACGAGUUCUACUGGUAACCAUAUAUGUCCAUGCCAGUAGAUGAGGUGGUAUGCUUCAGAUUAUGACCAGUCCCUUGCUUUCUCUAUAUUUUUCUCCAUAUUUUUUUAUCUUUUUCCAUCAUUUUUGGAACAAAUUGAAAUUCAUCUUGGAACUGAACAGGCUUUUUUUGUAGCUUUUUUUGGUUAAAUCUGAUGGUUUUUCUGUUUUCAGAGCUAAAGACAACCCUGAUACACUUACCUUUUAUGGCCAAAAAUUUUGAGAUACCUGACCAUAAUACUUGUAUACAUGAAUAAGUAUUAUAUAUAUAUAUAUAUAUAUAUAUAUAUAUAUAUAUAUAUAUAUAUAUAUAUAUAUAUAUAUAUAUAUAUAUAUAAACACUUAUAUACAUAAAACAUACACACUUUUCAAACAUUCUAUUCAAUUUAUUCCAUUCUAUUAGACAUGUUUAUGCUUUUUGAACAUUCUAUUCCAUAUUUAGUUCCACACUUUACUGAUGAAAUAACUCGACUUUACAGUAUGUUUUUUUCUCAUUCAGAAUUAUUGAGAUCAGGCAAGAAAGCCUAGGGUGUAGUUGGUUUUUCAGUUAAUCCCAAAUAUGUUCAGUGCGGUUUAGAGAUCUGUAUAACCCAUUUGAGUUCUUCCACUCCAACCAUAGCAAGCCAUGUCUUUUUGUGCUCUUAGAUUUGGACCCUUUCUCUUUAUGUGAAGAAGAAUUGUAAUUGUACAGCGUACAGGGACAUCUGCUUCAGUUGUGUGCUUCCAAAGUCAGGUGUCCACAAACCAUAGGCCUUAUAGUGUCUGAGGGUGUUCUUGGUUUAGCCAAGUUGUGAAGUUUUUUUUUUCCACCAGCAAAAUAAUUCAUGUCUGUGACUAUGCGGAAUUUUGUAUUCAUCAUUAGCCAUCAGUCUGAUGAUUGCUUGGUUGCCUUGUAAUGAUGACUGUUUGGACUUAUAAUGCAAAUGCUAGACUCAAAACCAAUUUUACACUUUUUUAUUCACUCGAGUCUAUUAGAAAUAUUGAGAGAAUAACACCUGGUCAUAGAACAGCUAAGCAACUACUUGUCCCUAAACAAUAACACUAUGAAAUCACUAUUUGAAUGUAAAUACCUUCAAAGUAAAAUGAAACACUGCACUUUGCACUCUUAUUCAUUAUUUAAUUUCAACUCCAUUAUGGUAGACUGCCAAAAGACAAGCAUUUUUGGACCUGAAUGAAGUUUUAAUCCAACGGAUUUUCAGACAAUUGCAUGACUCAUAAUUAAUCUUAUGGCGUGUUUCUGUUGUAUGUUAUACACUGUUUAUUCUGUUGCAUUAGGCUUAAAUGUUGUACUAUUGGAAGACCUUUGAUUUGACCAUUUUCCAUGUGUUUUUUGAGAGAGCCUUUCAUUUAAGCUAUGAAUAAAGCCUUUUAUUGCACAGCACUGUUUCUGUAAAAGAAAUGCACUAUAUAAAGAAUAUUUUCUCAG